AUGGAAAUAAAUGAACAAAGUCUAGAAGUAUUAACAGCUUAUUUGAAACAAACAUUGUCGUCAAAUGCUGAUGAAAGAUGCGGUGCUGAAAAAAUGUUAAAACAAAUUGAACAUAAUGAAAAAUAUGGUUUAUUAUUAUUGACAUUAUGUGAUCGUGAACAAACACUACCAGAAAUUCGUAAAGCAGCUGCAAUUACAUUUAAAAAUUUUAUUAAAUUUAAUUGGCCAUCAAAUGAAUCAUCAUCACUUAUUUCAUUAAAUGAUCGUAAUCAAAUAAAACAACAUAUUAUUGAUUUAAUGACAAAAUCACCAGAACAAAUUCAAAAACAAUUAUCUGACUCAAUAUCUAUUAUUGGUCAAAAUGAUUUUCCUGAUCACUGGCCACAAUUAUUAGAUAUUAUGUGUAAACAACUACAACCUCCAAUUGUUUUUCAUAAGGUCAAUGGUGUUUUAAAAACAGCACAUUCUCUCUUUAAACGCUAUCGUUAUGAGCCAAAAUCAGAUAUAUUAUGGAUGGAAAUUGCACAAGUUCUAGAAAAAUUUGCCCCAACAUUUACAGAAUUUUUCAAAUCGUUAAUGGCCUAUAUACCUCAACAAGAAACGAAUGUUACAGAAAUUAAAAUCAUUUUUGAUUCGUUGCUGGUUAUAACAAAAAUAUUUUACGAUUUAAAUGCCCAGGACUUACCGGAUCAUUUCGAUGAUAAUAAAAAUGUAUAUUUGAACAAUUUCUUAUUAUUAUUAGCUUAUGAUAAUCCAUUACUUCAUUCCAAUUCAGAUGAUGCUGGUUUACUCGAACAAGUAAAAACGGAAAUUUGUCGUGCUGUGGCUUUGUAUGCUGAUAAUUAUAGUGAUGAUUUUAAACCAUUUACUCAACAAUUUGCAUCAGCUAUAUGGUCAUUAUUAACAAAAUUGAAUUCAUCGCCACGCUAUGAUGAUUUAGUUGGUACAGCAAUGCGUUUCUUAUCCACCUUGGCCGCUCGAAGUCAUCAUUGUGCAAUGUUUCAAGGUGAUGAUAUUCUGAAAACAGUUUGUGAACAAGUAAUACUACCAAGUUUAUUCUUAAGAGAAUCAGAUAUAGAAGAAUUUGAAGAUAAUCCAGAAGAGUAUAUUCGUAAAGAUAUUGAAAAAUCCGAUUUUGCUACACGUCGUCGUGCUGGCUGUGAUUUUUUACAAGCAUUAUGUAUAUUUUUUGAAGCACAAGUGGUUGCGAUCUAUAGUCACUAUAUUGAUUUGAUGCUUCAAGAAUAUGUUCAAGAUCCAGCGAAGAAUUGGACCAAAAAAGAUACUUGUAUAUUCUUAGUAUUGGCAUUAGCUUCAAAAGGAGAGACACAAAAAUUUGGUAUAACAAAAACUAGUCAAUUAAUAAGUAUUCCAGCAUUUUUUAUGAAUGCAAUAUAUCCCGAACUUCAAGAUCAAGAUGUUAAUCGUUUACCAUUGAUUAAGGCUGAUUGUCUUAAAUUUUUGACAAUUGUUCGAAAUCAACUAGAUGGUGAAUUAUUACUUCGUGCAUUACCAGAAUGUGUUCGAUAUUUGUUAUCGACAAAUAUUGUUACACAAACAUAUGCUGCACAUGCCAUUGAACGACUACUUUUGGUAAAACAAACACAAGAUAAACGUCAAUUAGCAUUAAAUAAAAUGGUUUUGAUACCAUAUGCACAACUGAUGUUCGACAAUCUAUUUCGAAUAUUAAAUUUAGAAAAAUCAUAUGAAAAUGAGUACGUUAUGAGAGCUGUCAUGCGUCUAUCUUCAUCGUUACAAGAUAAUGUUAUGCCAUUUUUGAAUCAAUUAAUGGAAAAACUUGUUAUUAUUUUAAAACGAACCAGUAGAAAUCCAAAUAAACCAAAUUUUAAUCAUUAUUUAUUUGAAACAAUAAGUUUAUUAAUUCGAACAAGUUCUAUACAAAAUCCACAAUUAGUUGAACAAUUUGAAACCAUUUUAUUUCCAGUAUUUACACCAAUAAUUUCAGAAGAUAUUGCUGAAUUUGUUCCAUACGUAUUGCAAAUAAUUGGUUUUCUUCUUGAAUCUCGUGUAUCACCGACGCAAACAAAUCCAACGGUGCUUCCCGAUUUUUAUCGUAUUUUAUUUCCACUAAUAUUGACACCAUCAUUUUGGGACCGGUCGGGAAAUAUUCCAGCUCUGUCACGUCUUUUACAAGCUUAUAUACAUAAAGCCAGUGAAACUCUUAUUAUUGAAAAAUUAACAACUGUUCUUGGCGUAUUUCAACGUUUAGUUGAUCAAUCAAAAAUUCAUGAUCACGAAGGUUUUCACAUAUUAGAAGCAUUGAUCGCCUAUAUACCUCAAUCAUAUUUGACAAAUUAUUUUCGAGAUAUAUUCGUUCUCAUAUUCACUAGAUUAACAAGAGCUAAAACACAAAAAUUAAUGAAAUGUAUUACCGUUUUAUUUUGUUAUUUUAUUGUAAAAUAUGGUGCACAGGAACUGAUUACAUUAAUUGACAGUAUUCAACAGAACAUGUUUUCAAUGGUUGUAGAACGUUUAUUUGUAGCUGAUACAACUAAAGUUGAUCGAGAAGAUAAAAAAAUAUACGCAAUUGGUGUUACACGAUUAUUAACAGAAGCACAAGCCAUUACUCAAGGACCCUAUAUUAAUUUAUGGCUUCCAUUAUUACAAUCAUUAAUACGUGCAUUUGAAGUUAAAGAUGACAUAGUACAAGAUAAUGAAACAGACGAUGCUGACAUAGUGAUUGCGUUGGAUGAUACACCAGAUUACACUCCGGCAUUUUCUUCUUUGGCAUUUGCAAAAAAGAGCAAUAUCGAUUUAUUCGGUUCUGAAAUACAGGAUCCACGUGUUUAUUUAGCAAGAUGUCUUUCAACCUUAACAGCAGCUAAUCCAACCAAAUUUACAACAAUGAUGGCCAACGGUCUUUCUGUUCAAGAACAACAAUCAAUACGGAAUUACUGUUCAUUAGCAAAUGUUACAUUAGCUUAA